UUGAGAAAUGUUAAAUAAUACUUUUAAAAUUAUUGCCAUGAAGAACAUUUAGGCAUUGAGAUAAUUUAAUACUCGGUAUCAAUUGGUUUCUCAUCCUAUAAAUAUUCGUUUUGUAGAACUAAUAUCCAAACUUGAACGACUUUGUUACUAUGACAACUGAUUUGUUGCACUCAUGAAUAGUUUAUCUAUUAGUACACUCGUGGAGUUUUCAUGUUUAUAAAAAGAUAAGAUACUUAAACAUUUUGUUUUUAAAUAGGAAUAAAAUGAGAUUGAUGCUGAAUACUUUGACUAUCAAGAAAAAUGAUGGAAAAUUAAUUUACCUAUAUUCAUAUAUAGUGAAUGCAAUUUAUUAUUAAAUGAAGAUUAUAUGAUGACGAAAAGUUUGUGGGAUAUUGCUGUAGAACAGCAUAGAGAGAAUGAAAGAGAAAAUAAAGAUAAGAAGGACUCUGUUCUGUUGCUUAUUGGCAGUAAAAAAGGAGGAAAAUCAUCCAUAUGUUAUAAAUUCUUAGAAAGGACAGAGACACCAAAGAGCAGUUUAGCCUUAGAAUACUUAUUUGGGCGUAGAAACAAAGGAAUUGAAUCUGGAAAAGAAAUCUGCCAUAUUUGGGAGUUAGGUGGAGGUACACUUUUCAUGGAUCUUCUUGAAAUUCCUAUUACGCCUGAAAAUUUAUGGAAUUUGUCUGUUGUUCUUGUGCUGGAUCUAUCUAAAGCUGAGGAAUUAUGGUACACAAUGCAAACUUUGUUAGAUGCAGUCAAGAAGCAAAUUGAUCGAGCGCUUGAGUCAUCCAAAGAUCCAAAAGCAAAAGAUAAAUUACUUGAAAUUGCUAAAAGUAGAAUUCCUAAUGGACAUGAGGAUUUCUCAGCCAUUGAACCAUUUCCAGUUCCACUUUUAAUUAUAGGAUCAAAGUAUGAUCUCUUUCAGGGUGAAGAUUUUCAAAAAAGGAAACUUAUAUGUAAGAGUCUGAGAUAUACUGCUCAUACAUAUGCUGCUUCACUUAUGUUUACUUCAACUAAGUCUGAAACAUUGAUAACAAAAGCCAGAGUCUCUAUUAGUGCUAUGGUUUUUGGUACAUCUUCUAGCAAAACAACUGUAUCAGAUCACAAUAAACCCCUCUAUAUUUGUGCUGGUGCUGAUUCAUAUGAGUCUAUUGGUUCUUUCACUACACUAAAUGUUGAAAAUAAAACUUUGCCUAGGUCUCUUGAAGCUGUCAAGAAUAUUUUUUCAUCCCAUUUUCCACAAGUGGAAAGUCGAAAUAUAAUUCCCGAUGAUCCUGCCAGUGAUCCUCAUUUCAAAGAACCUGAUAUAGACAACAUGAGAGCUCAAAAGAAAAAAGAGCUGGUAGAAUACAAGAAGAAACAAAAAAGUAUUUACAGAUUAAAUAUAUGAUUUGUAAUGUGAGAAUUUUUGCUCUUCUAGUCAUUUCCUAUUUAUUUAAACUAAUAAAUUUAAAAAAAUUAUGAAAAUUCUAAUUUGCUGUUUGUUAAUAAAUAAACCAACAACUAUAAGUUAUUACUCAUUGA